GGCUGGGCCCAGUCGGUUUUGCUAGCCUCUCUGAGAGGGCGGGAGCCUUUUAGGGCAGCGAUCCCGCGGUGGGAAGGGAGGGGGAGUCGUAGGGGACCCUGACCCUUAACCCAGCUAGAGAGGGAAGAGAGUUUGGCCAGCCCGCGGGCGAAAGCGUCGGUUCCCUUUCCACAGGGGAGGGGCGGAUGGACGGGCUUCUGACUCCCAGGGAGUCCGCAAAAUUCAUUGCCGAGAACAGUCGAGAUGUAUUCAUUGACGGCGGAGGCGUGCGGAGAGUGGCCGAGCUUCUGCUGGCCAAGGCCGCGGGGCCGGAGCUGCGCGUGGGGGCCUGGAAGGCCUUUCACGAGCUGAACCCCAAGGCGGCCGACGAGGCCGCCGUUAACUGGGUGUUCGUGACAGACACGCUCAACUUCUCCUUUUGGUCGGAGAGUGACGAGCACAAAUGUCUGGUCGGGUACGGGGGGAAGACGUACAGUGGGUACUGGUCCCUGUGCGCCGCGGUCAACAGAGCCCUGGAUGAAGGGAUACCAAUGACUAGUGCUUCGUACUAUGCCACAGUGACCCUGGAUGAGGUUCGGCAUAUACUCCGUUCUGACACAGACGUCCCCAUGCCUUUGAUAGAAGAGAGGCAUCGGAUUCUCAAUGAAACCGGGAAAAUUCUGCUUGAGAAAUUUGAAGGCUCUUUUCUUAAUUGUGUCCGAAAAAGUGAUAAAAGUGCUCAGAAGUUAUUGCACCUAGUAGUUGAAAGCUUUCCUUCUUAUAGAGAUGUGACUCAGUUUGAGGGGAAAAGAAUUUCUUUUUACAAACGGGCCCAAAUCCUUGUGGCAGAUACGUGGAGUGUAUUAGAGGGAAAAGGAGACGGCUGCUUUAAGGACAUCUCCAGAAUCACCAUGUUUGCUGACUAUAGAUUACCUCAGGUUCUUGUUUACCUGGGAGCCCUGAAAUACUCUGACGAACUACUGGAGAAGCUUCUCAAAGGAGAAAUGCUUUUGUAUGGGAAUAGGCAAGAGGUGGAAAUCAGAGGGUGUUCACUUUGGUGUGUUGAGCUGAUCCGGGAUUGUCUUCUGGAGCUUACUGAAAAAAAGGGUGAAAAAACUAGUGGAGAGAUCAAUUCCAUUCUUCUGGAUUAUUUCUUAUGGGACUAUGCCCGUGAUCACAGGGAAGAUAUGAAAGGAAUUCCAUUUCAUCACACACGUUGCAUAUAUUAUUGACCCACAAUGUAAACUGAUCCUAAGAAAACUUGCAUUUUUAUAUCACAUAAUUAUUUGUAUAAUUUUUCUUUGUUAUUAGAGACGGUGGUAGAGGUUACAGCAACAAGAAAAUUGAUUACCCAGGCUCUCUUAAAAUAUUUUCCUGACAUAUCACUCUGUAUUGCCAACUUUUUCCUUUGUUUGCUUAUUUAGUUUUGACUGUAUUUUCCUUUUCUAUGGAUACAUGACAGAAAUAGUAAAGGAAAUUUAAUGCUUUCUUUAAAUCUCAGAUUUCUUAAAAUUAAUCAUGCCUUAUAAUGUGAUUGACCUUUGGUAAUAAUAUUUCAUCCAUUCAAUUGGUAUCUUUUUUCAAGGUGUUGUAAUUUUCUAUAUACCUUAAUCAUUUGAUAUAAGAGAGAGAGAAAGCAGGGUCUUUGCUGUAUGAAUGCUGCUGCUCUUGUAGAAAUCAAUCUUGACAGAUUUUUUAAAACUUCUUAUUGAUAAACAUAAUGAUUUUCAAUUUAGGAUAUCUGUACAGUUUUUUUUUUUUUCUUCAGAGUAACUACAUUAGAAUUUAUUGAAUAAAGGUUUUUUAAACUUCU